CUAGGGGUGCGUACCAGGCCAGGAUGGGUGGACGAGGAGAAGCAAGUCCUCAUCGUCCCCCUGCUUUCAUGGUACCACGCUGGCUUUGAUGCGGAACCGGAUAUUUCAGACGAGUCGUUGGUGCCGGUUGAAAAGAUGAUGUCGGACUAUAUGCUCUGCAGGUGGCCGGAAGGGCUAAGCGCCCGCGACGGGUGCGAUUCGCUGGCGAGAUAUUUCGACUCCCUGAAUGAGCAGCGGGCAGCGAAGUUGCCUGCAAAGGAGUCUCCCCGAGAUAUGACAGUCAUCUCCUUCUCACACUUUUUGCCGAGACAGGAGCUUUUGCCCGAAAAACGGCUGCUCUACUUUCCUCCCAUAGCUAAAGCUGUGGGAUCCAAGCCGCUGGGAGAACGCAUCCGAGCGUUGUCCCCCGAUGUGCAUGUUUUCGGCCAUACUCACUAUGGCUGGAGUGCGGAGCUAGAGGGCACCCGCUAUCUUCAAGCGU